GCUACAGACAGAGUUUGAGUAGGUUGUUACUUAAUUCAUUACAGCAUAAGAUAAUGAGGGGUAAUGGAGACCCCUCCAUUACACCCCUUCAUGUGAAUGGACACAGUUUUUUCUCCUCAGGUGGAGGAGUUGAGAACUAGAGAGCAGAGGUUUAAGGGGAAAGAUUUAAAAGAGGCAACUUCUUCCAUCAGAGGGUAGCACAUAAAAGGAAUGAACUGCCAGAGAAGUGGUUGAGGCAAGUACAACGACCUACAUAUAAUAGACACUUGGACGGGUAUGUGAAUGAGAGCAGUUUUAGAGGAAUGUGUGCCAAUCGUAAGCAAGUGGGACUCGUUUAGGUGGGCAUUUUGGUCGGAAUGGACGAGCAGGGCUGAAUGGCCGGUGUUGUUUCCGUGCUGUGCUGCUCUGCUCCCAAGUACAGAUCAACAGCUUUCGGUGAAUUCCCAUUUGAUUUCCCACUUUCAGCAGCUCCAACUCAAGCGGGAGUAAAAAGAAAAACACUGUGUGAAGCGGCGAAAUGAAACUUUUAAACGUGUGCAACACGAGUGAAUCUGCAGAUGCUGGAAAUAAAUAAAAAAAACACAAAAUGCCGGCAGAACUCAGCAGGCCAGACAGCACCUAUGGGAGCAGGUAUUGACGUUUCGGGCUGAAACCCUUCAUCAGGAGGGUUAAAUGCGCGCGUUCACUUUCCAUCGUGUCUUUUCACGGUUUCCCCUGCCGCUGGGCGGCGUCAAUCCUGGCAGAAUCCUCAGCGUGACGCCUAGCACUUUCGCAAGGUUGGACUCACUUUGAGUUGCCCAGCCGCGAGUGAAGUUCUGGGGGGGAAUAUGCAACUGAGUUCUCUGAAAGCGAAUAUGCUGUCCUUGAUCAGACUUUCUGAGCCGAUUCGACAGGUUGUGCGCUUCGGAAGGGACGCUUGCGAGCUUGCCUGUAGCGGCAGGGUGGUGCGGAGGGCUCGGAGGCAGUGGUCCGGCGCCAGGUUUGGGACUGCGUGGGUCCGCUCGGCACACCUCACUGGGACUCCCGGCUUGCUGCAGGACAGCUUUCGCCGCUCUCUCACUUGUUCAGCCGCAGACAGAACGUACGAGGAUGCGUUCCGCAGAUCCGUGGAGGAACCAGAAGAGUUUUGGAGCGAAUGUGCCCAAGACAUUGCCUGGUUCAAACCGUGGCAAAAGACUCUGGAUUUUUCAAAUCCGCCUUUUGUGCGCUGGUUUGUUGGUGGUGUACUUAAUGUGUGCUAUAAUGCACUAGAUCAUCAUGUUGAAAGUGGGCAGGGAGACCAAGUUGCCAUCAUUCACGACAGCCCAGUCACAGGGACUAUACAAAGCAUUACUUACAGAGAAGCUUUGGAACAGGUUUCCAGGUUGGCUGGUGUGCUGGUCAAGCAUGGAGUAAAGAAGGGGGAUCGAGUUGUCAUUUAUAUGCCGAUGAUUCCCCAGGCAAUGUACACAAUGUUGGCCUGUGCAAGAAUCGGGGCCACACACAGUCUGAUAUUUGGCGGCUUUGCAUCGAAAGAGCUUUCAGUUCGUGUGGACCAUGCCAAGCCCAAACUGAUUGUCACAGCAUCAUUUGGAGUUGAGCCAUCAAGAAGAAUAGCGUACAUACCACUGCUGGAAAAAGCUUUGGAAAUGGCUGAACACAAGCCAGAAAAAGUCAUCAUUUACAAUCGACCUAACAUGGAGAGAGUUCAUUUGACCUGUGGUCGUGGGCUAGACUGGGAUGAAGAGGUUUCCGCUGCUCAAUGCCAUGACUGUGUCCCUGUAUCUUCAGACCAUCCCUUGUACAUUCUUUACACUUCGGGAACAACAGGAAUGCCAAAGGGAGUUGUUCGUGCAUCUGGGGGAUACAGCGUAAUGCUUAAAUGGACCAUGUCAAAAGUGUACGGUCUUAAACCUGGUGAGGUUUGGUGGGCUGCUUCUGACCUGGGUUGGGUAGUAGGACAUUCUUAUAUUUGCUAUGCACCUCUUCUUCAUGGGAAUACGUCCAUCUUGUAUGAGGGGAAGCCUGUUGGGACCCCAGAUGCCGGAGCAUAUUUCCGCUUGCUAUCUGACCAUGGCGUGGUAGCUUUAUUCACUGCACCGACAGCACUGCGAGUAAUUCGUCAGCAGGACCCCGAGGCUGUGCUUGGAAGACAGUACCAUUUUCCAAGAUUCCGGACUUUAUUUGUGGCUGGGGAGCAUUGCGAUCUAGAUACUUUGAAAUGGGCCAAACAAAUCUUCAGUGUUCCCGUUCUAGAUCAUUGGUGGCAAACAGAAACAGGGUCUGCAAUAAGUGCAUCUUGUAUAGGUCUCGGGAACUCUCUAAAUCCUCCUCCCGGACAAGCUGGAAGACCAGUUCCAGGAUAUAAUGCAGUGAUUUUGGGCCAUGACAUGAAAGAAGUGAACCGCAAUGAACUGGGGAAUAUUGCGGUCAAGUUACCUUUGCCUCCAGGUUCGUUGACAACACUUUGGGAAAAUGACAAGUGUUUUAAAGAGCUUUACUUUACUAAAUAUCCAGGUUACUAUGAUACAAUGGACGCUGGCUACAUGGAUAAUAAUGGAUAUUUGUAUGUCAUGUCUCGGGUGGAUGAUGUAAUAAAUGUUGCAGGUCAUAGGAUUUCAGCUGGAGCUAUUGAAGAGUCGAUUAUCACUCACCCAGCAGUAGCAGACUGUGCGGUGCUGGCCUUUGAGGAUCCUGUAAAGGGACAUGUUCCACUAGCCUUGUGUGUUUUAAAGACCGGUGUAACUGAGACAACUGAAAAACUUUCAGAAGAGAUAGUUAAAAUUGUUCGAGAUUCCAUUGGUCCAGUCGCUGCAUUCAGGAAAACAAUUUUUGUACCGGAGUUACCAAAGACGCGUUCUGGCAAGAUACCUCGAUCGGCACUUUCAGCAGUUAUAAAUGGCAAGCCUUUCUCAAUAACACCAACCAUCGAAGAUCCAAGAGUUUUCUCUGACAUUGAAGCUAUAUUGAAACAGAAGAAAAUUAUAUCUCAACUUUAAGUGCAAUAUGAUGAACUGGUAUUACUUUUUUUAUUCCUGUACCUAUAUGCUGCAAGUCAAUGAAUGUAACAUGUGAACUCUUUUUAAACCACAGUGCUGACAUAAUAUGUACUUUAAUUUCUGUAAUGAUGCUGCACUGCAAAGCUUAAAUAUAGUAUAUUUUAUCUAAAAUAUUAAAAAUACAUGGUACUUAGUAUUGUCUGUAUUUUUUUAAAUGACCAUGGCUCAUGUACUAAGAAUUGAUUAAUGCCAUUCCAUUUGUAAUGCUGGCAGGAAUUGUUUACCAUUAGAGUAAUAAAAUUUUUUUUAAAUCCUAGAA